UCAACUGCAUUAAUUCAUAUCAUCAUCCAAUAAUUUCAACAAUCAAGAGCAAUGGUUGACACAACAGAAGCUCGAAUUGCACCUAGUUGGCAAGACAGACUUGAGAAUGAUGCCUAUAAAAACUGGUUAAAAGUUGGCUAUGGCAUGCAURUAGUAUGCACAGGAAUACGACCAUAUAUAGAAAGAGAAUCAAAGGYAUUUCAUGGAUCUCUCCUGACUAAGGCAAUGGCUCCCUGCACUUGUGUUCAUGUACCGAGCCGUCGUCCGAAUGCCUUCCAUGAUAUGGCAGUUUGUGACUGGGCCAAGGACCUUAAACAUCAUCACAACAAGAGAAAUCCAACUUGGAGUCAGAGUGAAGGAAGUAAAUGGACCGAUCCAAAUGUAGGUCACUGGGAAGUUGCAAAASUGUAUAUGCCAUUUGGGUGUGCUCAUGGAAAGACUAGCGCACAAGAAACUGAUGCAACAGGACUUUUGAAUCUUCUUCAAUUCUGUGAUCAUUACGUUGUUGACAGAACGAGUGUAGAUGCAUUUAAAACUACUCGAAACAAMUGGGCACAUGCUUCUCAACAAGAACUCAMUGAUGAUCAAACAAACGAUGCAUUCACAAGCAUGAAGGACUUACUAAAUGAUGCAGAAUUUCUCRCUGACACUGAUGCUAUGGAAGCUUUGGGAAAGAUAACAGAUCUAGAGUUGGAGACUUUAGUCGAAUUUGAGGAAAAUAUUGCUGGUAUUGUAGAGGUAGUGAAUGAGGAUCUUAAGGAAUAUAUGGAGACAAUUCUUCAAAAACUGAAUUCUCUCAAAGAGCAAGAAGAUGCUAAUGCAAAUAACAUAAUUGACGAGAUACGAGAAGUUAAGCAAAUCCUGAAAUCUAAGGCAUCAGUAUGGAAGAAUUGCUGUAAAUGUUUUCAUGCAGCGUGGACAUUUCUGAAAGCCAUGCCARAACAACUUGUCGUUAUUUUAAUCUUGCUAAGUUGUUCUUUGUGGUUAAACAAUGACACCGAAGAGAUUGGAUGUUUAUCCAAUAUUAAUUUUGAUUACCUGGAGCUGAAGCAGUUCGAUUUUACAGAGUAUUUGCACAGUGCAAGACAGGAUUUUGUUGGUCGCCAAUGGCUGUUCAAGAAAUUGACUGACACUUUGAGGAACAGUAAUAACACAGAGAACGGUUUCCUCAUUAUUGCUUCACCAGGAUUUGGCAAGUCAUCACUCAUGUCCAAUCUUAUUUGCACCAAAUCAUCCAGCCAUUCAAUCAAUACUCAAAUACUUGGAUACCAUUUCUGUAUUUAUUCAGAUAAGACAACAACAAAAAGUGGCAAAAUUGUUCAAAAUUUAGCAAAUAUGAUAGCAUUUAGGAUAAGGCCCUAUAAAGAUCUGUUAAGUAAGAAUUCCUUUCUUCAAAGAGUAUUGAAGAUGGAAUGCACCAGUGAUCCUUCUGGAUGCUUCCAACAGGCGAUACUUACUCCAUUAAUAACACUUUCCAACGAUUACAAUUUUUUCAGGGAAAUGUACAUUGUUGUUGACGCUCUGGAUGAAUGUAUCGAUGAAAAUGAAAGCGACAAAGAUGCAUCAAUCAUCAAUAUUCUUGGUAAAAAGUCCAGACGUUUCCCCAAAUGGCUAAAAGUCAUUGCAACGGCUAGAAAUGUUUCAUCUAUCAAAAGGCAAUUAAAACAUUUUAAUCAAAUUGAAUUAUUUCAAGAAGACCAAAGAAAUUUACGCGAUAUUCAGGACUUUUUAACUUGGAAAUUUAUUGCUUUUAAUGAAACGAUAAUUUCGAAAAUGGUGAAUCAAAGUCAAGGAAAUUUCCUAUACAUAAGACUUGUAUCAGAGCAUAUUGAGCAAAACUGGUUCAAUACUGAAGAAUGGAAAUCGCUGCCAGCCUCAAUUGAAAGCGCUUACCAGGAUUUCUUCGACAGGAAAUUUGGUUCAGUUGAAAAGUUCCGCGCUGCCCGAAAGAUUUGCGAAAUUCUUGUCUCGACACUACAUCCACUUACAGUUGCCGAAAUCUACGAUAUCCUYCAUUUCGAGAAUAAAGAUUUUCAAUACGAAUACAAUUUCAUGCGAAUACUAGAUGACUUUUCUGAUUAUCUCCGCUAUACUGGUGAAAAUAAGUACUUAAGUUUCUUUCAUAGCUCUCUGCAAGAAUGGCUGACAAGUGACACAAACAGAGGGGGAAAAUAUUUCGUAGAUCAAGUUAAUGGAAACCAGCUCCUUGCUCAGUACUUUCUUCAAAAAGUUAACUCUGUCCCAGUUAGCGUACAAUUUGUUUAUCAACUUGCCACAUAUAUUGUAAGGGGAGGUAACAGGACACAUCUAGUGAACAGGUUUUUAAACAUCGAUCCCAAGCUUCUGACAACUGCCGAUACCGCUACAAACAUGACAGCCCUUCACCUAGCUGCGGGAGACGGAGACGAUAGACUUCUGAAAUUGUUUUUAAACAUAUUCAAAAACCUUGAUAUUGUGGACGGCAAAGGGAGAACACCGUUGUUUUAUGCUGUUAGGUCGGAUCUUAUUAAUAAUGUCCGAGAACUGCAUAUUUUGGGAGCGUCCUGUCAUGUUAUUACAAGACUACAGAGGCAAGAAGAAGGGACCAGUGAAAAAGGUCAAAUCAAUGACUGUGAGCUUCAAAUGUGUGGAUACAAUUUACUUCAUGUAGCAGCCCAAAAAGGUCAUCACAAAAUUCUAAAAUAUCUUUUAGAAAACAACAUUGCUAUUUCUAUCAUGUCUGGGACGAAGGAGAAGGCAAUCCACAUAGCAGCUAAGUUUGGUCACAUCGAAAUAUUGAAUACCUUGGUAGAGCAUGGUGAAACGCUUGAUCAUGUAUGUUUCUAUAAUGCUGUCUCCAGACGGCAAUUGUCGGCAGUAAAAUUCCUUCUCCAACAUGGAAUAAAAGAUGAAUGUAGAAGUUGUGAAAUAUCUGCUAAACAGAAUGUGCCAUAUCAAAGAUCCUGUAAUACCGCAUUGCACAUUGCUGCCAUUGAAGGGUUUCAAGAAAUAGCAGAUCUUCUUCUAAACAAAAGUGAAGUGAAUGCAUUAACCUGCGUCAAUUUAUUUUGUAGAGAACCGCUUCAUGAAGCCAUUAGAAAUAACAAUUAUCAAGUGGCCAAGGUUCUUUUACGAUCAGGAGCUAAUCCAUCAAGUCUCUGCAGCCGACGUAUCCACACAGAUCAUAUGACAAAAGAAGAAGUCGAUGAAAUUUGUCCCUGUGGAUUUUCGUCCCUUCAUAUUGCUGCUUAUUACAGAUUUCCUGAAAUAACUGAACUUCUUUUGCAAUACAAAGCUGACUAUAAUGCCGGGGACUGCGAUGACAUGCAACCUAUUCACAUUGCAGCUUGUCGUGGUCAUGGUGAUGUUUUAUCAGUACUUGUUAAAAAUGGAGUCGACAUUAAUAGUAAGAACUCCAAGGGAAUGACAGCGACUCACUAUGCUUGUAAAUGUACAAAGGGACAUAUUUUUGAGACUCUUGCUGCACUAGGUGCUGAUGGGUAUGCAGUAACGACCGACAAAAGGCUACCUUUAGACUUCAUCUUUCCACACUUCAAAUUUAACAGCGAGCUUUUUCAAUUUGCUGAUUCUUAUGUUCAAAAUCCAAUAGACCCUAUAGAUUUUAGCGCAAUGUAUUCAGUAGAGAAAAAAAGUGGAAGUGCGUGGAAUAAAAUAUGGACUAAAUUCUUAAUAAAGUUUCCAAUAUCAGAGCAACAAGAAUUAGAUGCAGUACGAGACAUUACUUUUAAAGUUACAGUGGAACAAUAUAAAGAAAUAUUUGCCUCAAAUGUCCCACAAAUGAUCUUUGCGAGUCAUUGGUUUUCCUAUCCUUUAGCUUCUGUUAUUACCUCCGUAAAUCAUAAUUUAGACGUUAGUAUGGCCUUGCGUCAACUUAAUGCAGCCAAUAAAGGUAUCUUCACGAUCUUUUGGCAAGACAAUCCUUCUGAUUGUGCGAGAUUGAUAGAAAAAAUACACGCAAACAUGGUAUAUGCAACAGAUGUACUACUAUCCUAUGUAAUCAACGUUAAUUGUGAAACAUCGGGUUUAACUCCCAUCCUUGCAUAUCUUAAAACUGGAGGACGUCAUAUGGCUAAAGUUUUAGCAAAACACGUUGUAAAAAUUAAUAUCAAAUGCUGGGAAAAGUUUGAAAACUCAACUCUCCAUCUUGCUGCGUAUCAUAAGUUGCAUUAUCUUCAUUACCUCACGAUAUUCCAGGAUCCUGAUGAAUGGGAAAAAUACUUACAGACAAAAGAUGCCCUAUUUGACUAUCUAUUUGACGAAUAUGAGAAUGUAUCAAAAGAAGGAACGAGCAGAAUAGAGCGAGUUAGAGACGGUCCUGUCACUAAAGCUAUUAAGUCUCAUCCUGAAGGCUUUAAAAUCAUAGAUAAUUGUAUGGACGAUGAAGGUUACACAGCUCUUCACCGAGCAGCACAAGGUGGAAAUGUUGUUGCAGUGAAACACUUUUUGGACUGGGGAGCCAACCUUAGUAUAAAAACUCGCGAUACCGAAUUCGAUCCAUUAGUUUUGACAAUACGGUAUGCCAUUAAGUACCGGCCACAUUAUAAUUUUCACAAGCCAAGCAACUUAACAUCGCUAGAAAUUGAUUUUGCAUCCUUAACUGCGAAUGUUAUAUUGGAUUAUUUGACCAAGAAUAAGCCUUUAAACAUUGGAUGUGACAAACAAAAGACAACGCCUACAAUACUACACUUGGCGGCUACUCGUGGGAUGUGGAGGUUUAUAGAAAAGCUGUUUGUAGCGAGAAAUCAAUCAAAAGUCGUUGGCUUGGACGCAAAUUGCCCCACAAAACAUGGAAUCACUCCUCUUUACUUGGCCAAAGUAUAUGGCGGCAGCGAUUGCCAAUGGGACAAUCCAUGGUGUAAAGUUAUUGAUGUUCUCCUUAAAUACGGAGGAACAGAGAAAAUAUUGCCACAAAUAGCAACAGAAUACUAUGUCAUCCUGAAUUUCAUGUUUCACCAACUACCCAGACAAUUGGACCUUGAAUCAGAUGUCAAAAAAACAUUACAAGACAGUUUAUCAUUAUACAUGUACAAAGAUUGUGAGCCUGAUGUCUUCUGGGACAAUAUCAUGCAACAACCAGAACCUUUGUUUGAAGAAAUCAAUGAUUUCAUUUCAUCCAUCAAAACAGCUAAGGAAAAACACAAUGAGCUCGAUGGCAAUGGCCAUAUGUGUGCGUCAUUAACAGAUAUGGCAAUGAGACAUAUGUUUGUAUAUGAGAGCAAAGAAAGAAGCACUCCUUCCACACCACAAGAUAUUGAGCUUCAAUCACAAAAAGCACAAAAGAAUUCAAAUGGACACGCGAGAGAAGAACUUCCAAAAUGUGGUUCUGUACCAUUUAUUCACAUGUUUUGUGGAACUCUGAGUUUUUGCUCAGAACUUUUCACAGAAGACAUAAAAAGUGUUGAAUUAGAACUACAUCACAAUUAUAAAUCUUUUUUAGGCCGCUACAGGAAGUACAACAUGGAAAUUAAAAUACAAAAAGCAGCAAUGGAAAUAAUAAAAGCAGCAUAUUAUGAUUAUUCMGAAAAAGAAAAUGAGAAGAUAAGAAAGUAUGAGAACCAAGCAAGAUGCCGUUUUGGAAAAGCUACAUAUGUGUUUGCUAGAAAAAAGUUUCUUUUGAAAACUGUGAAACAUUGGAACCAUCAAGUCAACGAAAUGUCUAAAGGUCUCCGCAGUAUCUCAGCUUACAUGCUACAAAAGCUGGGGCUUAUUUUGAGUGACGACAGGCAAAAAAUGACUGAACUCAUUCUGCAACUUGCACAAGAAGAUUCUGUAGUGGACCAUGAAUACCUGAAGAUGCUGAGAUUUAGCAAAGCACCAAUGUAUGACAGAACAAUGUAUGACAAAAACGAUGUAUGACAGAGUAAUAAAUAAAUAAAAUGACAAUAAACAAUAGAAAAUGGGAAAGCCAUAAUAAAGUAAUAAUUGAUAACUAUAAGACCACUUUUAAAUUCUGGUCUUAGAAGUUUUCUUGCAACAAUUUUCUCUAUAUCACAUCUUUGCAUUAUUUUAAAAUAAAACGUCAGACAAUAUUAUAAGGUUCUAAUGCGAAAAAUCUAACAAGCAUUCAAUGCAAAUUGUUCCAUCCUUCCAGUUUCUGUAAUAUGAUCACCAAAUUUGUAUUGGUCCCUCAGUGUUAGGUGUACAGUAGCACAGCUAUACCAGUAUAAAGUAUAUCAACACAUAUCUUUCUUUAAACAUUGUUUUAUGGAUUUAUUUUAAUAAAGUAUUCAGGAGCUAAAAUGUGUUUGGAUGUCAUUUUGAAUGCAGUGAUAUAGUCAUCUAGGAUAAGCAUCAUGAAUUCAAAACAACUAAAUUACUACAUCAAUUAUAUUAACUGACCUACAAAUGUACAUGUACAAAUGUAUGUGUUUACAUGUACCUUAUUUUAAAAUUUUGAACUUUUGGUUAACUGGGAAUAAAAUCUGAUGAAGUGCAACCAAAAAUAGAUGCACUAUAAGGGUAAAAAGCUGUAAAUCCAGCCAAAUAGACUACACCGCAAACAGCCAAUGAGGCAGGAGGCUUUUCAACUCUUCUUAGAGAAAGCCGAAUUUAUAAUAAAGAAACUGUUUUGUUUAGUAUUGCAUGUAUCAUACAAUUGUACAUUUAGUUAGUACAUUGACAUGUCUAGCCUUUCCCAGUUUAUUUACCAAUAUUGUCUUAUUUCCAGAUUUCUUCAAUAAAAGGGGAUCCCCGGCACAAACCAAAACUUAAUGAAGUACACAAAUCGAAAUUCAAUAACAUUAAAUUCUUUGAAGUUAACCUGC